AUGUUCCUUUCUCGCAUUGCCGUUCUGGCUGCUUUGGCUUGCUACGCCACCGCUCAAACCUCGACCGACUGUGACCCGACGAAGAAGUCAUGUCCUGCAGAUCCCGCCUUUGGCACCGAACACACAUGGAACUUCAACACGACGUUAGAUGAAAAUAUCUGGAACAUGGCCACCGGAAUCUACGACCACGAUGACGAUGGAGCCAAGUUCACCCUCUCGAAGGAGGGAGAGUCCACCCUUCUAGAGUCUAACUUCUAUAUCUUCUUCGGUGUCGUCGAAUCCCACGUCAAAAUGGCCAAGGGCGGCGGUCUGGUAAGCAGUGUGGUGUUGGAGUCUGACGAUCUGGACGAGAUCGAUUGGGAAUGGGUGGGAUACAACACUAGUGAAGUGCAGUCCAACUUCUUUGGCAAGGGUAACGAUACCACCUUCGAUCGCGGCGGAAAUCAUUACGUCGCGAACGCAGACACCGAGUUCCACAACUACACCACAUACUGGGAUCAAGACAAGCUUCAAUGGUGGAUUGACGGUGACUUGGUUCGCGAACUCCCAUACUCCGACAAGUCUACCUUGUUCGGAGAAAACUACCCACAAACCCCCUGCCGUGUGAAAUUCAGUCUGUGGCCUGCUGGUCAGAAAAAGGCGGCAAAGGGUACUAUCGAGUGGGCUGGUGGCCUUGUGGACUGGAACGCCGCCCCUUUUACCAUGACACUCGGCAAGCUGCGCGUUAAGGAUUUCCACUCUGGCAAGGAGUACACCUACGGGGACCACUCGGGUUCUUGGCAGAGCAUCAAAAUGGUGGACGGAAAUUCGACCGUAGCGGAACAAUUGAACAAGCCAGAGGCCAAGUCUCUUUCAGAGAAAUGGGAUGAUCUCGGCAAGGGAGCUCACAUUGGAGUCUACAUCGGCGCUGCCGUUGUCGCCGCGAUUUGUAUUGCGGCUUUCCUAUUCUUCUGUCUGCGCCAGCGCCGCAAGGGCCGUCUCGAGAACGCGUUGGGCAAUAAUCCGGUCCCUCUCACCCAUGAUGAGAUGCAGAACUUCCAGAAAGACUGGAGGCAGAGUGAGUGGAGGCAGACUCGUGGUUAUCAGCAGGUCGCCAACUAG